AUGGCUACCCUUGAGAAGAAGAUAAUCGAAACUAAAAGAUCACUCACUUACACAUACUAUGUCUCGCCUGAGAGCCAAGCUGAUUCCUCCAAGCCAGCCUUGUUCUUCAUCCAUGGCUUCCCCGAUAGCGCUCUCAUGUGGUCGGAAGUCAUUGAUCGGCUCUCAGACCUGCCAUUCAGGGUGAUCGUUCCAGACUGUUUGGGCUAUGCCGGUACUUCCAAACCUAGUGAUGUCUCCAUGUACAAAUGGUCUGGCCAGUGCGCUGACCUUGCCGAAAUUCUGGAGGCCGAGGACGUCAAGAAGGUCAUCGUUAUUGGUCACGAUUGGGGAGCCAUACUGGCCCAGAGGUUCUACAAUCGCUAUCCUCAAACUGUGUCUGGGGUGAUCUUGUGUAAUAUCUCUUACCGACCUCCGUUGGCUGAGAAAUUCGACCUUGACGGUUUUAAUGCCAUCACCAAGGAGCGCUUUGGAUAUCCUCUUUACCAGUACUGGUAUUUCUUCACCUCUCCCGAUGGCUACAGAAUCAUCAACAGCAAUCUCGAAAGAUUCUGGGAAGUGUUGCAUGGCGCUGAUCCCGACUGGAUGAUGAAAAUGUUCGCCGGCGAAGACGCGAUGACGAAUUACAUGUCGGGCAACGAGCGGGUCGCGUUGAAGCCAUAUGCAACAGAGCCCAAGUGGAGGGACGAUUUCAUGGAGCGCUUUACCAAGGAUGGCUUCCUGGCCCCAACGAAUUGGUAUAAGGCGUACGUGCUCAACGUCCAGGGAGAAGACGACAAAAGUAUUCCCAAGGAGAACCAUGUCGUCAACGUGCCCUUCCUCUUCGUCGGAUGUACGGGAGACACCGUAGGCCGGACUGAUCUGAUCCACAUCUCGAGGGAGGGGGGAUAUUUGCCAGACUUUGAAAUGACCGAGAUCGAAUCUGGUCAUUGGUGUGCGAUGGAAAAGCCUGGAGAGGUGGCCAAAGCCAUCAGGGGGUGGGUCACGAAGCGGUUCUCAUAA